AUGACGGGAACCUCUCCUCCAGCAGCAAGCGCGCGAUCCAGGAACUCUGUGGCCAAAAAUCCCAAGAAGCUCAGAGAUGCCUUCGACGCUCACUUUCAAACUGGCCAUGACCCACGGCAGCCCUUGUUUGCGGGAGAUCUGAUCUUCAGCGUCCUCGGUUCGUUCAGCAGCAACACCCAAUCCCUAUCGAGCGGGACUGAGUCCUAUGAGGGCUUCCAGGUCCCGAGCAACGCCUUUGUCAGUUCCGAGGUCUCCAAAGGAAGUGAGAGCGUCAUGUCUCCGUUAGAGAGCGUCAAGACCCCCGUCCAGAGUUUUCCGGUAGAGAGCUUCAAGACCCCUGUCCGGACACUCCAGAUGUCUACGGCGGAGAGCGUCGAGACCCCCGUCCAGCGGUCAUCGGUAUUGUGUGAGCAGUCGCUACUGGAGGCUGCGACGGCGAUAUACGAGGGCAGAGUAGACGAGGCUUCGGAGAUCCUGAGGCGCUCGUCUGUCGUGCCGCAAACCAUGGGUAAUUCAAAGCAGAAAUUGAUGGGAUACAUGUUGUCUGCUCUUAAAUCGCGCGUGAGCCCAGUCGAUUACCCCCCUCCCGUGGCGGAGUUGUUCACCGAGGAACAUGUGUCGUCGGUUCGGUCACUUUACGAUCUGUCUCCUUGUUUUAGGCUCUGUUUCCUGGCUGCCAAUAAAGCGAUCUUGGAAGCUGCAUCGGAGCAACCCUCCACUAACAAGCUCCAUGUAAUUGAUUUCGAUAUUGGUUGGGAAGGACAGUACAACAAUCUCCUUGACGAUCUGUCCAUGCGUCAGGAGGGCAAUCAAUUCACCCUCAAAAUCACGACGCUCGCAGACAGCUUCUACGGUGAGAAGUGGCUCAGGAUGCUUGGGGACCGACUGAGUUUACACGCGGCCCAGGUGAAAGUUAUGUUAGUAUUCAACAUCGUGAGCCAGAACCUGAGAGAGUUGAGCCGCGACUUGCUGGGCUGCGAGCCAGACGAGGUGCUGGCGGUGAACUUGGCGUUCAAGCUGAACAGAAUGCCGGACGAGAGCGUGUCCACGGAGAUCACGCGUGACGAGCUCCUCCAGCGCGUGAAGGGGCUGGCGCCACAGGUGGUGACGCUGGUGGAGCACGAGAUGAACGGGAACACGGCGCCAUUCCCGAUGCGCGUGGAGGAGGCGCUGGCGUACUACGGGGUGCUGCUCGCGUCGUUUAAUUGUCUAUUGCCGAGGGACAAGUCGAAGCGACCGAGGGCGGAGGAGGGGCUGAGUUGGAGAUUGGGGAACUCGGUUGCUUGCAAAGGUAGGGACAGGGUUGAAAGAUGCGAGGUGUUCGGGAAGUGGAGGGCCCGCAUGGGGAUGGCUGGGUUCAAGUUGAAGCCACUGGGUCCACACGUGGCCAAAUCAAUGCAGAAGUGCCUCCACUUUCAUGUUUUGAACUCGGGAUUCACGGCGAAAGAAGAGAAUGGGGGGGUUUGCUUUAGCUGGAGCGGCCGAACUCUCACCGUCGUAUCUGCUUGGCGAUAA